AUGGACCUGAGGUGUGCCUGGAUGCUCUGCGUGCUCUGCCUCGUCCCCACCGCCCGAGCCUUUACCCAGGAACGCUUCAAGGAGGCGGUGCUGAAGCAGCUGGGGCUGUCCGAGGUGCCUAAACUCCGUUCGAGAGACUUGGUGGAUGUGGUUAUCCCAGAGCACGUCAAGAACAAGUACAUGUCCAUGCUGAAGCGGCAGAGGGUGAAGCGCCGAGCCCUGCCCAGCCUGGCUGGCAUCCUCAGGGGCAUCCCGGCGCACACAGGUAUGACAGGGGAAGUCCUCUACUCUGACACAACCACACGCCAGAGGCUGGUGUUCGACAUGGAAGGCAGAAUACCCAAAAACAGCGAAGUGACCAUGGCUGAACUGAAACUCUUCAAGAAGCCUGUGGACAGGGCAAAGCUGCCUGCCAGGCAGUCCCACAGGCCCGUCUCCAACGCCAGAGUCAGCGUGUACUGGGUGCAGCAGCAGCACGAUGGCACCAACAGCACCUCCCUGAUAGAUUCCAGGCUGGUUCCUAUCCGUGAGUCGGGCUGGAAGAGCUUUGAUGUGACCCAGGCCGUGCAUUACUGGCUGCGGAGCGAGGGGCGGGGGCCGAUGCUGCUGGAGGUGCGGAUCGAAGGGGAGAGGCCGGGCAGCCACGCCUCGGAAAUGGCCAGAGCCGUGCGCUUCACCUCGCAGCACCCCGGGGACAAAGCCCUGGGCAAGCCCGAGCUGGUGCUCUACACCCUCGACUUGGACGACUACGGGAGCUCCGGGGACUGCAGGGAGGAGGCGUUGCUGGGGAAAUCCACCUGCUGCCGGCAGCAGCACUACAUCAGCCUGCGGGACGUGCCCUGGGUGCUGGAGCCGGCGGGGUUCCAGGCGUUCCGCUGCUCCGGGCCCUGCCUGCAGCCGCCGCGCCACCCCGGGCAGCGCUCCUGCGCCGCGGCCGCCAGCUCGGCGCUGCCCAUCAUCUACCUCGUCAGGAGGGGCAACCACACCGAGGUUGAGGCGGCCGAGCUGCCCAACAUGGUCGUGGAGAGGUGCAGCUGUGUCGCGGACGGUGUGGCGCUGGUGUGA